CUAUCGCGAGAGGUGUGAUUCUGACGGGAUUUACGCAGGCUGUGGACAAACUGUGCUCGUUCUCUGUAAACUGACUGCAGGUUUAAGACUCAGGCCUGUCCAGGAUGAAAAGUGUUCGAGUCAUGGUGGUGGGAGCAGGUGUGAUCGGUUUCUCCACUGCAGUCUGCAUCGCCGAGGCUCUUCCUUUCUGCACCGUUACUCUGCUGGCGGAGAAGUUCAGUCCUGACACCACCAGUGAUGGAGCUGCUGGGAUCCUGUUUGCUGCAGAGUUUCCAGAUAUUCCUUUGGAAAGACAAAAACGCUGGUUCAAGUACAGCUUUGAUCACCUGUUGGCCAUUGCUCAAUCCCAACACUCACCAGAAGCAGGAGUAAUGCUGAGCUCUGGCUGGCAACUUUUCAGGGACAUCCCAGCCAAUGAGAAGCCCUUCUGGUCAGAGUUUGUGAUUGGCUUUCGAGUCAUGACUGACAAUGAAUUAAAAAGGUUUCCAGAUCACACGUUUGGCCAGGCGUUCACCACCAUAAAAUGUGAAUGUUCCAGCUACCUGCCGUGGCUCGAGAAGAGUUUCAGAAAAACUGGAGGCCUAGUGGAACAGAGGAAACUCAACAGUCUUGAGGAAUUAAUCGACAGCUAUGAUAUCAUUGUCAACUGCUCUGGUCUGGGCUCCAAAACACUGGUGGGUGACGACAAGGUGUUCCCGGUCAGAGGCCAGGUCCUCAAGGUGGAGGCCCCCUGGCUGAAGCACUUCAUUAGAGAUGGAGACGGAAAGACCUACAUCUACCCUGGCAUACACAGUGUCACUGUGGGCGGCACUAGGCAGGAGGGGGACUGGCGACUACAAGCGGACGAAGGAGACACAAAAGGCAUCCUGGAGCGCUGUAGCAGGCUGGAGCCGUCUAUUAGCAAAGCCAAAGUUCUCAGCAAGUGGGUAGGUCUUAGGCCUAGCAGGAGGAACCCGAGGGUGGAGAAGGAGCUGGUGCAGCUGCAGGGUCGCAGGGUGCCUGUGGUCCACAACUACGGCCACGGAGGCUGGGGAGUCACCCUCGCCUGGGGUACCGCCCUUGACGCACUGGGGCUGGUCAGGCAGUGCCUUCAUGAAACACGGCUGCAGGCUAAUCUUUGAACUCAGUCUGACACUAAAUCCUGCUAUAACUCUGUGCCCACUAACACUCACCUUAAAAUAAUAACACAGGAAAAAAUGUAUUAUGUA